AGCCAGACUGCUACCUCCGCAUUCCUUCUCUUUCCUGUCAGGCAAUGCCGUCACACGGCCCGCCCCCUCUCCUGCCCUGGGAAGGUGACGCGCUCAGGCGCGCUCCCGGCUCAGCUGCUGUUGCUGAAUGCCCGCGCUGUGCUAGGUGACCGGUCGCUGGAGCACGGGGAACGGGGCGAGUGGCUGCUGUUGUUGCGAGAGCGCUGAGGGGAAGUUAACUUUGGAUCUUCUGAAGGAAGCAGACACCGUGGAACCAAUGGUUACAAAAAGAUAGCAAUUUGUGGGAGAUUGUAGCUUUUCAAUAAAAGAAUGAGUUCCCUGAAACCUAGUGGGCUUAAGGCUCCUUCCAGAAUAGCAAAACCUGGAACAGCUGCUGCUAAAUCAUCUGCUGUCACUGCCCCAACUGUAAAAACAGCAGAGAAACCAGCCUCUACCGCCCCUUCAGAGACAGCAGAAGAGUUUGUGGAUGACUUUCGUGUUGGAGAGAAGGUUUGGGUAAAUGGUAAUAAACCUGGCUUCAUUCAGUUCCUUGGUGAGACUCAGUUUGCUCCUGGACAGUGGGCAGGAAUAGUUUUGGAUGAGGUGAUUGGGAAAAAUGACGGUGCUGUGGCUGGAGUUAGAUACUUCCAAUGUGAAGCCUUAAGAGGAAUAUUCACAAGGCCAUCAAAACUAUCGCGAAAACCACUGGAAGAAGAGAGCAACGGUACCCAAACUGCUCCUAUUUCUAGAGCUACCUCUCCUACCUCUCUGUCAUGCACAAAUGUAUCUCCAGUUGUAACGACUGCUCCAACCUCAGCAUUGACACCACUGAAAACCUCUACACCACCUGCAAAGGAAUCCUCUACCCCAGCCCAAUUAAGCAAUCUAACCAGAACAACAAGUGAAUCCAUAUCGAACCUGUCUGAAACGGGAUCUGUGAAAAAAGGGGAAAGAGAGCUUAAGUUAGGCGACAGAGUCUUGGUAAGCGGAUCGAAAGCUGGAGUUAUUCGUUUUCUGGGAGAGACAGAUUUUGCCAAAGGAGAAUGGUGUGGAGUUGAAUUAGAUGAGCCUUUGGGAAAAAAUGAUGGAGCAGUGGCAGGCACAAGGUAUUUUCAGUGCCAGCCAAAGUAUGGCUUGUUUGCACCUGUGCAUAAAGUUACACGGAUUGGGUUUCCAUCAACCACUCCAGCUAAAGCAAAAACCUCCGUAAGAAAAAUUGCUACCACACCUGCUACCCCAGCUUCACUGAAACGCAGCCCCAGUGCUUCUUCCAUAAGUUCCCUGAGCUCAAUCUCCUCUUCUGUGAGCAACAAACCAAGUCGCACAGGGCUGUUAACAGAAACAUCAUCCCGAUAUGCAAGAAAAAUUUCUGGCACAACAGCUCUUCAAGAAGCUCUGAAAGAAAAACAGCAACAUAUUGAACAACUUCUGGCUGAAAGGGACAUGGAGAGAGCUGAGGUAGCCAAAGCCACAAGUCAAGUAGGAGAAGUCGAACAGGAGUUAGCAGUGAUACGCCAUGGACACGAUCAGUAUGUGGUAGAAAUGGAAGCAAAAAUGGAUCAGUUGCGUGCUUUGGUAGAAGCAGCUGACAGAGAAAAGGUUGAACUUCUAAACCAGCUGGAAGAGGAGAAAAGGAAAGUUGAGGAUCUUCAGUUCCGUGUUGAAGAAGAGUCUAUCACAAAGGGUGAUUUAGAGACGCAGACCAAACUGGAGCAUGCCCGCAUUAAGGAGCUUGAACAGAGCCUGCUCUUUGAAAAGACCAAAGCUGACAAACUUCAGAGAGAGUUAGAAGAUACUAGGGCCAAAACUCGGCCAGUAUCCCUAAAAGUGGCAACAGUUUCUGAAAAAUCUCGCAUAAUGGAUUUAGAAAAAGAUUUGUCUCUAAAAACCAAAGAAGUUGUGGACUUACGCCAAAGACUUUUACAGUGUGACAAGCAAGCUGGUAAUGUUGAUACAUCACUUUCUCUACUGCAAGAAGUCAAUUCUUUACAAGAGAGAAUUGCUACGAUAUCUAAAGAACACAACCAUGAACUUGAGUCUCUCAAGAACAAACUGAAAAACACAGAAGAGAACCAUGAGAAGGAUUUAGGAGCAUUGAAAAUGUCUACAGAGAAGAUAUCUAAAGAGAAUGAAACACUGAAAGUAAAGUUGAACCAUGCAAACAAGGAGAAUUCAGAUGUAAUUGAGCUUUGGAAGUCAAAAUUAGAAAGUGCAAUUACUUCACAUCAGAAGGCAAUGGAAGAAUUAACUCUUUCUUUCAGUAAAGGCAACAGUGCAGAAAAUUCCGCAUUGAUUGAGUUAAAGGCUCAAAUAGAAAAUGUAAAAAUAGAACACCAAAAAGAGAUGGAGAGACAGAAGGGUGCACAAGAUACUGACCUUGCUGGCUAUCUAAAGCAAAUAGAAGAGCUGAAGGCUAAACUUCAGGAAUUUAAUGAAGAAAAAGAAAUGGAGCUAGAGACCAUGAAAUCAAAGUUGGAAACUGCAGAAGAGCAACAUCUUAUUGAAAUGGAAGACACUUUAAACAAGCUCCAUGAAAGUGAAAUUAAGGUAAAGGAACUGGAGGUUUUGCAAGGCAAAUGCAAAGAGCAAAGUGAGACAAUUGAUAGGUUAACAACUCAAAUGAAAUCUGCAGAGGAUACUCUUGUGAAUUUUGAUUCAGUGCAGAAGGCAGAGUCUGAAGGUAAAAUGGAAAUCAUGAGAUACCAAGAGAACCUUAAGGCAGCUGAAGUUAAAAUUAAGAGUCUUGAGGCUGAGAAUAGUGCAGAAACUAGCAAGGCAAAUGAUUUGGCUAAGGAGUUGCUGGAACAAAAAGAAAUGCUUUCCCUCUCUGAGCAGAAAAUAAGUUCAUUUGUUCAGAUAAAGGAAUCAUGGGAGAAAGAAAUGGAGGACUUGAAAAAGGGACUUAAUAACUCUUCGGAAAAUGCAAAUCUUGUUACAAAAACUUUGCAAGAAACUGUCAAUAAGUUGGAGCAGAAAGAAAAGCAGUAUGAGGAAAUUUCCAAAAAGUUGGAUAUCCUAAAGCCGCGCUGUGUUUCUCUGGAGAAAAUGUUAAAGGAGUCCGAAGAGAAGGAACAAAAUUUCCUUUCCACCAAAACUAAACUAGAGAAACAAAUAUCUGAAAUGAUCCAGUCUUCUGGUGAUAGCUCUGCUCAGUUGACAAAGUUAAAUGAGGAGCUGCAAUCUAGGGAAAGAAAUUUAGAUGACCUUCGUUUAGAACUUUCAAAAGCACGUGAUCUGGUACAUGAACUAGAGGAAAAGAUUGCUCUUAUGCAGUCUGAAGCUGAAAGAAACAAUGAGAAGGCACAGAAAUCUCACCAGGAGGAGGUGGAGAAAAUUGCUUCCCAAAUUGGAGAUCUGAAACUAAAAAUCGAAAAGAACCAGACUGAAAAUAAAGAACUUCAGGAAAGUCAUAAUAAAAUAAUGGUUGACUUGGAUGUCCAGCACCAAGCGCUGGUCACCACACUUAAGCAAAGUAUACAAGAAAAAGAGGAGUUGUGGAAAACAGCCCAAGCCACAAUAAGUGAUAUGAAAGGACAAAUGGAGGAUCUGAAACAGGAAGCUGAACAAAUCAAGUCUUUAACCUGUGUGUUAGAAUCUACAAGAAAUGAAUUUGAACUAAUAUCUGAAGAAAUGAGGGUUUUGAAAUUGGAAAGAGACAAACUGGCCCAAGAGACCAGUACUUUAAAGCAAGGGGAGGAGUCUUUGCAUUUAAAACAUUUAGAGUAUGAAUCCAGUAUCAAGACAUUGCAGCAGGAACAAAAUCAGUUAUUUUCAAUGAAUGAAGAGCUUAAACUUGAGAAUAACAGCUUACUCAUAAAAAUGAAAGAACUUGAAAAUAAGAACUGUUCCCUUAAUGAUGGAAAUGAAACAUUGGCUUCUGAUAAAGAAAAACUGUGCUAUGAACUGGAUAAUGCAAAGCAAGAGCUUUUGAAGGUAACUAUGGACAAUGAAGACUUACAAGCUGCUGUGGCCAAAAUGGAUGCUGAUCUGAAAGAGCUUCAAAGAAGCAGAGAUUUGUUGGUUACACAAAAUGAGGAUCUUCAAAACCAAAAGCUAGAAUUGCAGGAUUAUCAGAAAACUCAGACAGAAGAAAAAAUAACUCUUGCAAGAGAAAAAGAUGAAAUCAUUGAAAUGCUUAAAAACACAGGAGAAGAAAUGUUGAACAAGCAUAAACAUUUGACAGAUGAGAUCAGUAGUUUACAAAUAGAAAAAGAAUCUGCUGUAGGAAAACAUUUGGAACUUGAAAGCAACUUAAAUGCUUUAAUUAGUGAGAGAGACAACCUGCUAAAAGCCACAACAGAAAUUAAGAUUGAAAGAGAAGGUCUGAUGCUCAAGCAAAAUGAGUUGAAUACACUGAUUGAAAAUCUGCAUCAAGAAAAGGAAAAGUUAGCACUGGAAAGGAACUCUAAAGAAGAAGAGCUUAUUGCAGUUACAUCACAGCUUGAAAAGUUACUUCAAGAAAAUGCAGCCCUUUUGAACAGUAAAGAUGCCUUGACUUUAAUGUGUGCUGCAGUUGAAAGAGAAAAGCAACAGUUGGAAGAGUGUCAACAUCAACUUAUAGAUGAAAAAAUGUUACUUGCCAAGGAAAAAGAUGAUAUCAUAAAAGCUCUUAAGGAAUCUCAAGAGGAAACUUCAACUGAACAGAAAAACCUUGUUAAUGAAUUAGCUGGGCUAAGAAGUGAAAAUGAGAUAAUUACAGGAAAACUAAUACAACACGAAAAUAGGGUAUCUGUUUUAGUUAAGGAACAAGAGGAAUUGAUGAAAACAACCAAAGAACUAUCCUCUCAAAGGGACGAACUUUUGUUAAAAGAUAAAGAAUCAAAUUUAAGAAUUAGUGACUUGCUUCAAGAAAAAGAGCAAAUUAAUCACAAGUUUAGUGAAUUAACAGCAGAACUGUCCUCUUUUAAAAAACAACUUGUGAAGUCAACAAAAGAUAACGAAGAACUCAAAAACUCCAAGGAAACUCUAUGCAACUUGCUUGAAGAAAUCAAGACAAGUAGAAGUGUUACUGACUCUGAACGUGUUAGUUUAUUGCAAGAAAAAGAAGAAAUGAGUGCAUCCCAAAGAAAAUUAUUAGCUGAGAAAGAUGAUCUUCUAAAACAAAUUGAAGAAAUUACCACCAUUUCAAAAGUGUCAUUAGAACAGGCCAUACUAUGUCAGAAUGAAAUGAAGGAAGAGAUAAAUAACAUAAAAAAUGAUAAAAUAUUAAUAUCUGCACAACUAGUAGAGUUAGAAAAUAAACUUAAAUCCGUUUCUGAAAAGCGAUCUGUAUUAAGGGAGAAUAAUAAUGAACUUUUAUCCAAAGAACAGUCACUAAUUAAGGAGCUUAUUGAUCUAAAGAAUGAAUAUGAGAUUUUAAAUUCAUCAAACUCAUCGUUGGCUCAGGAAAAGAAAAGUCUCACAGAGGAACUUGCCUCCCUAAAUGUUCGAAUCAAUGAAACAGCAAAAUGUGUUGAUGAACUGACAAAAAUGAAAGAAAAUAUUUCAGAGUCUCUGGAACAAACUCUGAAAGAGAAAUCUGAUUUGGAAUCUGAGAUCACCAGUAUAUUGCAAGAAAAGAACUCUUUGAUGGAGGAUUAUAAAAAGUGUUGUUUAAACAAGGAGAUGGUGUUAAAAGAUAAAGAUGAAUUGCAAAUCAAAUUUCAGGAGCUUCAUAUAGGUUAUAAGGGUUUUGAGCAAAGGUUAACAGAAGAAAGAGAAACAUUUGCAAAUGAAAAAGAAUCCCUUCUUUUGAAAAAUGAGGAUCUUCAAAAAAUCCUGGACAUGGUAACCGAAGAAAAGGAACAGGCAUUAUUAAUGCAUAAAGAGGUCCUCACUGAGCAGCAUAAACUUGUAGAGCAGAAGGAGAAUAUUGAAAAUAAUAUGCACACACUUAGCAGAGAAAAUGAAAGUUUACAAGCUAAGAAUCAAUUCCAUUUAUCUAACAUUAAAGAACUUCAAAGUAAUGUUGAAUCAUUAACUAAAUCAAAAUUAGAUCUCCAGGACUCAUAUAACAGUAUAUUAAAGACACUGGAAGAUCUCCGAUGUGUCCAUGAAGCUAAAAAUGCAGAGCUGGAGAACUUGGUUCGUGAAAAGUGUGAAUUAAUAUUAGCUCAAGAAAACCUGAUGGCAUCUAAUAGAAGUAUUUUAAAAGAAAAGGAAACUCUUGCCAAGGAUUGUGAAAAAUUGUCCGAAGAAUCUGUUAUAUUAACUAAAAAGAAUGACGAAGUCUCAGCAAAGACUCAGCAGCUCAGUAACCAAUGCCAGGCUUUGCUUAAUGAAAAGGAAGAACUGUUAGAGAAAUGCAAUAAACUCCAGACUCUUCACAACACCACUGAAGCAAAAAAAGAUGAGGUGUGUCAGAUGGCAGAAGAAUCUCUCCAGAUAGUUGAAAAAAUUACUGCUGAAAAAAACAAGCUUGUGAAAGAAAAGGAGGAAUCUGUAAAUGCAAUGGAUUCACUAAAGAUGCUUAAUCAGAAAUUGCAAAAUGAUCUGAAGGAUCUCUCAAAAGAACAUAAUACAGUUAGUGAAGAGAACACUCGGAAUGUCGAACUUGUAAAAUCAGAAUGCCUGAAAACAGAAACACUCAGGAAGGAAAUGGAAGAACUGAGGCUGUUGGCUGAGCAGAAGUCCCAGCAGUUAGCAGCUCUACAAGAGGAAAACCUCAAACUUGCCGAGGAGCUGGGAAAGAGCAAGGAGGAGGUCACAACUAACCAGAAGCUUGAAGAGGAAAGAUCAGUAUUAAAUAAUCAACUGCUAGAAAUGAAAAAGAGCCUGCCCAGUAACACUAUAAGAGAAUCUUUAAGAAAGAAAGAGUUUAACGAAGAGAAGGCUUCGCUACAGAAAUCUCUCAGCGCUACAAGUGCCUCGAUCACUGAAAAGGACAAAGAGCUUGAAAGACUGAGAAAUGAGGUUGCAGAACUACGGGAAAAGAACGAGUCUGCACGAUCUCUGCAAUCUGCAGUGAGAUCCUUGGAAUCUGAAAAAAUAAAUCUGGAGAAAAGGGUGAAAAACUUGGAAAAGGAACUUAAUGACAACAAGAGGCAGUUGAACAAUGUCUCAAACUCAUCAGGUGAUUCGUCUUUCAGCAGCCAGUUCCAAGAAGAGAAAACAUCCUUGGAAAGCCAGAUUGAUUUCCUCAACUCAGUAAUAAUAGACCUUCAAAGGAAAAAUGAUGAGUUAAAGCUGAAGAUUGAAAAGAUGAUUGAAGCGUCACUUAACGGCAACAAUGAAGAGGAAAUGGAUAAUCGUGACAGCUUAAAUGGCACACAGAGCAAAAAGAAAGUGCCCCCUCGACUUUUCUGUGACAUCUGUGAUUGUUUUGAUCUACAUGACACAGAGGACUGUCCCACACAGACUCAGCUUCCAGACUCUCCUCCUCACUCCAACUUCCAUGGGAGCAGAAAAGAGGAGCGUCCCUAUUGUGACAUAUGUGAGGUUUUCGGACACUGGACAAAUAGCUGCAAUGACGAUGAGACCUUUUAAAGGGGGGGGGGGGGGGGGGGUAAAAUAACCUUGCAUAAGGAUUUAUAGACCUCACCAGCGUUUGUGUGCACAGGCUUCAACAAAACUGGCUACUUAUAGGGAAGAAACGUCCCAUUUAUAACAAGCAUUUUAUUUCCCUGAAUUGGCUGUAACUGAACUGUAUUUGCAAGGAAAAGCAUUUACUCCGCCUGCAUAUGUUUUAUCCAUUAAUUCAGUAUACCACUUAAGGGCUUGCUAAGUUAUUAGCGCUAACUGUAAGAAACCUCAUUUGUUUUUUUGAUUCAACAAAUAUUACAUGCAUAAUAAUCUUUUAUGUUUUAUAUUUGCACUAUUUAAAGAUGAACAUUAUAAUGCCUUUGACUUUUGACACUGGAUGUAAUCAAAAGGACAUAUCACUUAUUUUGUUUUUUUUAUUUCUGUCUUUUUCCAUUUACACUCAGACUAAGUUUUUCCAUUGAUUUAAUGCUCAUGAUAGGGACUUACAUGAAAUGCCACAUAAGGUGUGUGAAAAUGACUACGGUACUUAGAAAACUGUAUAUGCUGUGUGCUAGAAGCUUCAAAGCACCAAACUCUGUUUUGUUUAGCUAGACCUGAGUUAAAACUGCAGAGAAAUAUACACAAUUGGGUGUUACAGAAUACUUGGUAAUUAUCCCUGUGUGUUAUGUGCAGCAUAUGCAGUAAAGGUAGAAAUGCCUUUAUUUAAUGUUUUGGGUUUGCAAGCCCAGAAAAAUAACCGUCUCUCUUAGGGAUACAUCCUAUAAAUGUCAUCCACUAUUUUCCCUAGCAGUUAUUCUUUGUACUGCGUCAUAGAUCAUGGGUGAAUGUUAACAUAUCAUUACAUUAAUCAACAGUUUGUCCAAUACCUGGAGAUCAGUACCCAGUACUGUAUGUAUGCAUAGUAAUGCUAUACUAUAUCCAGUUAUCCUUCCAGUAUUAACCAGUCAGUUAAUAUAACCUUCUGAGCUUGUGAUCCACUGAGACACAUUACCUGUUGCUGGGAUCUAAAAAGUAUGGCAUCCUGCCUGUAUGCUCUCUUGCUGACUUUGUUUGGAUGGCCUUAGCUGAAAGAGGCUACUAAACACCAAUCAGCAGGUAUCAGCGCUGGAUUUUAUUUCCUUUCUUGUAUAACAGAAUCUGAUAAAAGGGUGUUUUGUCUAAGGAUAUGGUUUCAUACCAAAUAUGCAUUUGUUAAACUGUUAAACUAAGGCCUUUCUGUCAGUGGUGUCUUGUUGUUACGACCAUGUGCUUGGUCAGCAGCACAUAGACUUUCUUUUUUUUAUUUUCCUCCAGUUCUAAUUAUCUAACAGGGUAUAGCAGUUUGCUUCUCUAGUCAUUUGGAAACCACAAAUAUGUGGUUGUUUAGUGCCUCAGAUGCAAGUCUGUCUCAUUGUUUAAAGAACAAAAGAAAGAAAGCAUCCUACACCUAUGAUUUGGGAACUGGAGUUUAUAGCCUUCAGAUUGUCUGUAUUUACUACUUUGUGUAUUAUUUUGUCCUUUUGAAUUUACCUCUGCCCUGACCACCUUUGUAACAAGAAAUCGAUAUUUAUUAAUAUUGCUGGUGUAUGGAACACCUUUUGCUAUUACUGUACAAAAUCUGUUUAUAGAGUGAUUGAUAGGUUAAUAUAAAUUAGCUAAAUAAUCCAGUUGGAAUAUGUAUAUGAAUUGCUGGUUCCAUAAUGUAUAGUAGGUGUAAGAAUGAAUGAAUGUAAAUAUGCAUAUUCUCCCGAAAUGAAGUUUAAAUAAAAAAAAAUUAAAGAUUGAUUCAUAACACAAGAAUCUUUCUGUCAGCAUACUGUAUUGAUUUCCAGUACAUAUUUAUUGUUUAUGUAAUAUGUAUGUUCUUAAGUGGAUUUUCUUAUAUUGAGAAUUCUGUACCUGGCUUUCCAUGGAUGAAUUUGUAAUUGGCUAUAAGAAAAAGCUGUAUUAACUUAAUAAAUAAAUUUGCUGAUAUAUUUUC